GCAGCCCCUCACGCCCUCCCCUUAUGCAGAUCGUGGGCUGCUCCAUGCUGGGCGCGGGCAUCUGGCUCCGCCUGGCCUACGGCGGCUACGCGUCCCUCCUGCACCAGUACUCAGCCAUCUCCGCCGACUCCCUCUGCCUCGCCGCCGGCGUCAUCACCUUCAUCCUGGCCUUCUGCGGGUGCUGCGGCUCCUGGUUCCAGAGCCGCUGCAUGCUCAUCACGUACUUCAGCCUGGUGGUGGUGGUGUUCUCCCUCCAGCUGGUGGCGGGGACCCUCGCCUUCGCCUUCAGGGCCGAGGUCUCCACCACGCUCAUCGCCGAGCUGCAGGCGGGGAUACGGCGCUCCUUCAACGAGACGGCAGACAAUGCGGUGGCCAUUACGUGGAACCACCUGCAGACGCAGUUCGAGUGCUGCGGCGUGGAGGGCCCCCGGGACUGGUUCAACAUCGCCGCCUGGCCCCACGAGGAGUGGGUGCCUCGCUCCUGCUGCAUCUCCAAGUACGCGGAUGACCUGGACUGUGGAAAAACAGAAGAGGAGGAGCACUGGUUCAACGCCGGCUGUUACAUGCAAGUGAAAAUGUGGUUCAUCGAAAGACUACAUCUCGUUGGCGUGAUCGGCCUCAUAUUUGCCUUUGUGCAGCUCUUCGGCAUGAUCGCCUCCAUGCUCCUGUUCUGCACUCUGGGCCACAAACGGCGAUCACACACCUACAAGUCUUACCAUUCGGACACCUGACUACUGCCUGAAUACAGGGUGUAAGACGCAAGGGAUAACGAGAGAGGGAGGAGGGCCUACUUACACUUAGAAUGGGAUCGGAAGUGAAUGUUAAAGAGAGAGAUCAGAGAUAAGAGAGAAUACAGAAGAGUGUAAAGGAAAACUAACUUGUCUUGAUAGUUCUUAAUAGUCUCCUUUUUUUCUUAUUUUUUAAAAAGAUUUUGUUCUCACGUAAUGCAUUUUUUGUGGAUGACAAGACAAGUGAUCUGUCUCAAAGUAAAUCAGUCUCCCUCUCCCCCUCAGACUUAACAAAUAGCAUAAGACGCCCUGUACUAAUAUUUGUAAAAAAGAAAAUGCUGUAUCUGGAGUUCAUCGUGGAGGAUUUAAUUCAAAACUCAGUUCAUAUUUCAUGUUUUGUAAUGCUUUUGCUUUGAAUAAUCCAUCUAAUGAUUAGGGAUUUUAUGUUUACUACGUUCUAGGAAUAUUGUUUGAGAUAAAUGAGCAUAGAGGUAAUAGUUUCCUUGUAUUUGUUAUUUGUUACUCUUAGUGAUAUACAAUCUAGAGAAAAAUGGAAGAAAACUUUCCAUUGUUAUUAGUUGAAGUAGUGAUGUUAAGAUGAGUAGUACUAUUGCAGAUAUGUAUCAAAUGGGAAAGGUACAUUUAUACAUAGCUUUGAUACUUAGUAAUGUUAAAAGUAUAUUAUUCAAUCGACAGGUUUAUUUAACAGUUAUUGAAACCUUUUCACAACAUUCUUUCCAUUUGAUUUAUCAAAACUUUACGUCAAAGGAUAAUAUUAUUUGUGGUAUUUUUCUAUCUGUUAAGUUUUAUUCUGGAUGUGUAUUUGAAUUAACAUACAUGUUUUCACAGAUAAAUGAAAAUGUGAUAUGAACAUAUGACUGUCAUAUGACUGUAAGACACAUAUCACUCAGGCAGUCUAGUGUAUUUCUUGUCAUAUUUAUAAUGAAAAUCACUUAGCCUUCUUAUCAGGAAGGUUGAGUUGUUCAUUCCCAUGUACUUCAAAAAGGUCUUAUAGAAGACCUUAUUAUGUUAUAAAUGAUAGAGGUGUUUUAAUACAGUAGCCUAUUAACAAUUUAACUACAGAAAAGGUCAGUCGCCAUAAUACUGACUUACACUGAGGGAAAUGCAUAAUUGCAGGGCCAUUGUUAUUCACCAGGCAAACUGGAUGAUCACCUGGGUACCGUACAUAUUCAGAUGAAAUUGCAGGCUCAGUCACCUUUGUGGAGUGGUCAUAGUACACAGAGUACAUACAAAAGGAACACAUAUAAGAGGAAUGGUGUGUAGCAAUUGUCAUUUUGCAGUCAUCCAAACAGCCAUGUGUAAUUUGCUUUUUCAGAAUUCUAAUUUUGGGACAAACAUUUUAGAGCUCGGAUCUGAUUAUUCUAGUACCGGCUCUGCACAAAUGAUGUGGAUGAACUCAGUCUUUCCAAUAUUAGAGCUAUUUACAUUCUAAUUAAUUGUUUAGAACAAAAAUUAUAGAGAAUAAAUCUCAGUCUCUCCCAGACAGGAUAUAUAUAUAUAUAUAUAUAUUUAUGUAUAAUAUAUAUAUAUAUGUAUAUAUAUAUAUACAUUAUACAUACACACACACACA